ACAGCAGAGAACUCCCCAUAACUUAGCAAGGAUCGCUCCGUGGUCCGGAGCCGUGAAGACCUGAGCACGUUCCCGCUCCGUUUGGGCAGUCUCUCCAAACUUGAAUAUUUGCUGAGUUGGACACUGGGCUUUGAAGCUGUGCUGCCUGACAAUGAAGACUUAAGAAGUAAUUAAAUUCUCGCAGAGCUGCCAAGGCUCCUUGGGCUGAAAUGAGGAUGCUGCAGGCCCUGGACACUGCGUUGCAGAGGAAGGAAUGUUUGAGCACGACGCAGUCAAAGCAGCGAAGACUUCUGUAAGACAUGGAUAGAUGCAAACAUGUUGGGCGGCUACGACUCGCCCAGGACCAUUCUAUCCUGAACCCACAGAAGUGGCGCUGCGUGGACUGCCACACCACGGAGUCUGUCUGGGCUUGUCUGAAGUGCUCCCACGUAGCCUGUGGGAGGUACAUUGAGGAACAUGCACUUAAACACUUUGAGGAAACCAGGCAUCCACUAGCCAUGGAAAUCAAUGAUCUCUAUGUGUUUUGUUACCUUUGUGAAGAUUAUGUCUUGAACGAUAACCCGGAAGGCGAUCUCAAGUUGCUGAGAAGCUCUCUGUCCGCGAUUAGGAGUCCAAAACAUGAUCCGUCGACGAGAAGUGGCAGGACGUUGCGCUCGAUGGCUUUCGGGGAGGACGUGUGCAGCCGUCCAAGGGCCCCGCAGGGCCAACCUCAGAUGCUCACGGCGCUGUGGCACAGGCGCCAGGCUUUGCUCACAAAGGCGCUGCGGACCUGGUUUGAUAAGAGCUCCCGAGGCCAGCUGAAACUGGAGCAGAAGAAGCAGAGGGAAGAGCUGGAGAAAAAAAAGGAAGCGGCAAGGCAGCGGCGGCAGGAGAUGAAGAGGCAGCUGCUGGAGGAGCUGGCAAACACCCCACCAAGGAAGAGCGCCAGGCUGCUGUCCCACGUGCACAGGGAGAACCUGAUUCCAAGGAAAUUCAGAGAGGUGGCAACCACUUCCCCUACCUCAAGGCGGAUGCAGAGCAGCAAAUUCAAGCAAUUUUAUUCCAUCCGGCGUAAGCCUCUGAUGACCCCCGGGGUGACAGGUCUGAGGAACCUGGGGAACACAUGUUACAUGAAUUCUAUUCUGCAAGUGCUAAGUCACCUGCAGAAGUUUAGAGAAUGUUUUCUGACCCUUGAGCUCUGUGAAACAGAAGAACUCUUAGCCAAAACUGUGAAUGGGAAGUCUAGGACGCCUGGCAAAUUGGCAAAUGGAUCUGCUGCUAAUGAGUCAGGGAAGACUGACAAAGUAGGACCGUAUGGCACGCAGAGCUUGCCAGCUGGCUUGAACGGUGGCUCCUCAAUAAGCAGGAGUUUAGAACUAAUACAACCCAAGGAACCAAGCUCAAAGCACAUCUCCCUCUGCCAUGAAUUGCACACCCUCUUCAGGGUGAUGUGGUCCGGCAAGUGGGCGCUCGUGUCCCCGUUUGCCAUGCUGCACUCUGUGUGGAGUCUGAUCCCGGCGUUCCGGGGUUACGAUCAGCAGGACGCUCAGGAAUUCCUGUGCGAGUUGCUGGACAAAGUGCAGCAGGAGCUGGAGUCGGAAGGAACGAAGCGCAGGAUCCUCAUCCCUUUCUCGCAGAGGAAGCUCACCAAGCAGGUGCUGAAGGUGGUGAACACCAUUUUUCAYGGGCAGCUGCUCAGUCAGGUCACCUGUAUAACAUGCAACUACAAAUCCAACACCGUGGAGCCCUUCUGGGAUCUUUCCCUGGAAUUUCCUGAGCGCUAUCACUCRGCUGAGAAAGGGAUUGUCCCUGUUAACCAGACAGAGUGUAUGCUGACAGAAAUGCUGGCCAAGUUCACAGAAACUGAGGCUUUGGAGGGGAGGAUAUAUGCAUGCGACCAAUGCAACAGCAAACGGCGAAAGUCUUCUCCUAAACCUCUUAUUCUGAGUGAAGCUAAAAAGCAGUUAAUGAUCUACAGGCUACCUCAGGUCCUCCGACUGCACCUUAAACGAUUCAGGUGGUCUGAACGCAAUCACCGUGAGAAGAUCGGGGUCCAUGUCCUCUUUGACCAGGUAUUAAACAUGGAACCUUACUGCUGCAGGGACUCUCUCUCCUCUCUUGACAAAGAGACCUUUGUCUAUGACCUCUCCGCCGUGGUGAUGCAUCACGGGAAAGGGUUUGGCUCAGGACACUACACAGCAUAUUGCUACAACACGGAGGGAGGUUUUUGGGUCCACUGCAACGACUCCAAACUGAAUGUAUGUAGUGUGGAGGAAGUGUGCAAAACCCAGGCCUACAUUCUUUUUUACACUCAAAGGACAGUGCAGGGCAAAGCAGGAAUCUCAGAAAAACAACUCCAAGCUCAGGUGCCGUCCAGAAACAGUGACAAGGACAGAAGACUGACAUUCCCGUGAGGGGAAGCACUGUAACUCCAUCAAGGGUCUUCAGUUUUUAAAACCAUGGUGUUCACAAAGAGGGCUCGCUGCAGGAAUGUGUCGGAUCRUGAUGUUUGCCACCCGGGAGCUGGAAAAGUCUGUCAAGCUGUGCAGUUCUGUCGCAUAAGAUUGUAAGCAGAAUUCUGCUUUGAAAAUGGUUAAAUCGUUCCCACAAAACAAAAAGAGCAAGUUUGGUGCUUAGUGUUGUUAAUCUGUUAUCAAAAAGGAAUUGAUGAAGGCAUGUAACAAGGAGCACAGCCAGGAAACAGAAGCAUUCAACUGGCUUCCCAAGGCCUUCAGUACCUAGUAAUGCUGUUAAGCCUCCAGAGGGAACAGGUAUAGUAUCCUUGAUCCCCUUGAAUUGUCAUUCUGUUUGUCAAGCAGAUUGCCAGGGUCUCAAUCACUCUGUCACUCCCCCUGUAUUUAUUUGGGGUUGCACAGAUGUGCUGAGUAGAAUUUGGUCUGUGAGAUCUUUAUUUCUACUGAGGGAACAAAGCAGCUAAUUCUUAGGAAAGCUACAAAAAAAAUCUAUAUGUGUAAUAAUCUUGAUUUUUAGAAUCAUAUGAGAAAUACUAGGUCCUAAGCUGACCAUAUAUAAUCGCUUCUCAGCCUGCAAUUUCAUUUCAGAUAUUUCUUUUAAUUUGAAGUUUGGUUGUUCACAUUUCAUAUUUUAACCAAAUCCAGAUACAUGACUGCAGAGAAAUAUGACCUCUUCCAACCUUGAUGGGAUUCUUCUAAAUUGCUUUUGGAGGGCUUCACCUCCAACAUGAGGGUCUUCAAAAAUUUUGAUUCACUUUUCAGGUAGAGAAGUUCUGAAACUUUCUCUCCCUCUUCUCCUGUUAYUCUUGUCAGCAUUUACCCAUCUGACAUAAACUGACAGCCCUAUGUUAUUGGUGGAGAGAUAAUGAGGUAACUUGCCCAAAUUCCUCUCUUUCCACUGCCACUACUGUAAUUUCUCAUUUCCUGCCACGUGGGCAAAUCAGUAUUUCUUCUCUGGCUGCUGCGAAUUGCCCCCAAAGCCAUGUGAGUGCAGCAGUCAACAACCUGGGGCUUUCUUAGAGCAGUGUCACACAAGGUGUCCUCUCUGUGGGGGAAAAAGAAAAUUGUUAUUUCUUAUGUGUCUGAGCAACUUCUGCGCUGCUUUUUGAGUCUACAAAACCUUUGGCAAUCUUUUUGGCAAUUAAAUAUAUUUUGAAAUCAUAUACUCUUACUUUUGGAGAAAAGACAGUUUGAAACGGUCCUGGGGGAAUUUGGGAACUGGUGACAGUUUGGGGUUUAUUUUUUUAAGUGUAGCAGGAUUUGAAACGAUUGCAUAAGAAUGUCUGUGUAUUUACUGGGGAGUUUUAUUUUUUUGCAGCCAGAAAAUAAAACUAAUAAGGCAACGGGUGCAAUGAAAACCCAGUAAAAGUAACUAGGACUGCAUAGAGUGCAGGGGAAGCUGAGUGGGAUUCAGCUUGCRUGUCUCAAAAAGAAAUGUGAAAGACAAAUAGUGCUUAACAAUGCCUUUUUGGUAACGUCUGAGGCGGAAGGGAAGAUGUUGCCUGUGCAUCUGACCUUCCAGGCCUGCCCAAGCUUUGAGAGGACUGUGUUUUUCUCCGUGAUGCUCGUGGUUUAUGGUGACUGCGGAAUCACCUUCCGGAUCCCGUAGCCGCGGGAGCUCAUGGGCAAACCGUAACGCAGCAGCAGCUGCCAGGAGCCCGGGCUCUUCCRUACGAACGCUCAUCUUUUGACUGAGUGUUUUGCAUUAACAUUUGAAUUCAGGUAGGAAUACAGCUGUCUCCUUGAACUGAGCAGGUUGCGGAGGGGAACGGAGGGCUGGGAACGUGCCGCUAGCCACGGGCGCAUCGGAUUUUCCAAGYGGAUUCUGUAGCAUUUGCUGGUGACGCCUUUUGACAUGAGUGGCCUCUCCGUGCGACGUUAGCCUCAUUGUGCUGAGAUGUGGAGAUACUGCAGUCGGAAAGUGAUUGCCCUGAUAGGGAAGGAGUUAAUUGUACUUCAAAGYAAACU